AUAGAUGAGUAUCACUGUUUGCAUAUGAUUUGCUUGGCUCAGGGAUGUUAGGCAACUCCCGUCUUGCUGAACUCCCGACACUCGGUGCUGUAUUCUGGAGCGCGUACUGUUUGAUUCAUGCUCUACAGAGGAAAUCCUUUACUAUUCUGUUAAAAAAGGAGAAACAAGCCGUCUCACAGGCCGCGCCACGCCACGCAAAGGUACAGUACGCCUCCAUUUAUAUGUACUGGAGUAGACACACUGAUAGACAGAAGACGUCUUUCAACUUGAUGGUAGCUCCUAUUCAUCUUCCUUUCAUUCAUUAACGCACUUUCAUCCUUUCGUCUGCAUGUGCAUUCAUGUACAACAGUGCUCUGGAAUUCUGGCAAUUAACCAAAGCACAGGUUUAAUGCGCUGGUGUGAAUACUUUCAGCUUCAGUAUAUACACAAUCAGUGAUAUGAAGGAGUCUCCAGAGGCGACCAAGAGAGAGAGAAAAUAUUUCUAAAAGGUUGUGAGGAACUGUUUAUCACUGCUAUACACUCUACUAUACAUUUAUAUACAUAUAUUUAUAUAUCUUGCAAAUGAUUAUGAUAAAAUGUUCCCUGAAUUUAAUUUUGACUGAAUCCUAUAACAAGUCCAUUUAACUUAAUUGCAUUUUGUUAAGCAUGUAGUAGGCGAUAUUGAAUAAAAUAGAAUAAAGCAAUUUUUAAAAUGUCUUUAUGGUCAUAUAAUUUUAUAAAUUUCAUGCAAUAUCCUGUAUUUUGCUUUCCGUUUUCAUUUCAGACUACUAACCUUUUUUUUUUUGGCUAUGAAUUUAGCCCUGCUAAUGUGUGUGUGUGAGUGUGUGUGAGUGUGUGUGAGUGUGUGUGAGUGUGUUUGUGUGGCUGGGUGCGUGCGUAUGGAUAAUGAUGAUAUAUCUUUGUGGGUGUGUCUUUGUGGGUAUAUCUUUGUGUGUGUAUAAAAGAUAAAGUUUUGUUGCUUGUGACGUUAUUUAGCACGUUUGAGUCAUUCUGGAUAUUUCUUAACGCUAAGAGUGACCUCAUUUGCUAAUUAUUUUUCUUUUACAAUGGAUUUAUGGGUCCGAUUCCUUCUGAAAUUCUUGCAUUUAAACGUUGACACAAAGCGUUUACACAGAUCUCUACACCACCAAACUCGAACCAGGGGACUGUUAUCGUUCAGAGGAGCGACUUUAAUUUACGACUUUUUAUAAAAAAAAAAAGAACAAGUGAUCAUUGAUCUCCAGCACAAGUUUGUUUAGCUGAGAGAGUCUUUAGUGAGUCUGUGUUGCUAAGCAACCACAGAUAAGACACUCCCACUUCGGCUCCAGGAUGGAUCAGUUUCUCUUUUCUAACGCUCAGCAUGAGGAAGUGGGGACUUUUUUGUUAUUUUUUUAUUUUCAUUUUCCCCAAAAGUCCAUCGGAUGUCAUACCUGAAGUAUGCUCUCCAGUAAAGAAAAUAUGACCCUGCUGGUUAAAGCUGACUGAUCACUCAUCUGCUAUUCUUCCACAUCACUACCAUCAUCAAGGGAUCACCAUGCAGACACUAAAAGAAAUAGACCAGCUGGAACAGUCACGAUUCGGUCAACCUCCUCCAAGACAUGGCCUCAAGCUGCUCUACUGGUUUGCUACAGACUGCCUCACCUUUAACCAAAAUGAUGUUAUGCAAUCGUGUUGUUAUCCAGAGAAAGGACAAUUUGGUUUCCACAUAUUUGAAAACAAACACGAAAAAAAUGUUGGUAAACUUCUUCCUAUUGCGGCUUUACCCUACUACGAGGUGGGCAAUCUAAGCAAAGCAGCAGCGUACAGUCUUCCUCCUUACGUCCGAGAGGAUUACAAACGCAAACCAGAUGCCACCAACAUGGACCGCAUCAUAGUCAGCUUUAACAAAAACAAUAACUGUUUUGACCGAGUCUAUGUUACGCAGCACAGGGAUCUGUCAAAUUUCAAUAAGGACUUCACCUUCCACAUCAGCAAACGCCUGAUUAUGAUGAUCAAGGAUUUGACUUUAGAGGAAUUUCUCCUGAAAACUGGCUAUUUGAAGCAGCAACCAAACAGAUUCCCCUGUUUACAUUCUGAAGAACCGAGUAACCGACAACCCUUAUGUCCUGCUCUACCAACAAGCGAAUCACAGAGGAUCCUGAUGACGAAUAAUACAGAAGAACAUCCCAAAGCUCCACCAGAAACCUCCAUAUGCAUGCCUGCUAGUAUAUCUUUUACAAAGCAAGACCUUCAUGCUGAGACUGAAUCAAUUUCCAACUUGAUGAAGAAUAAUACACAAGAACACCAUGAAACUCCACCAACAUCCUUCAUCUACAGUCCAGGAACUACAUCUACAACCCAUGAUAUUCACCUGGAGGUUGAAUCUCCUUCUAUCUUGGUGAAGAAUCACAUGCAAGGGCACCUUGAACCUUCACCAGCAUCCUUCAUCUACAGUCCAGCAACUACAUCGUCUACAACGCAAGACUUUUACUUGGUGGAUGAAUCUCCUCCUAUCUUAGUUAAGAAUCAUACACAAGGACACCAUGAAGCUCCAACAACAUCCUUCAUCUACAGUCCAGCAACUACAUACACCGAGACCGAAUCACAUCACAUCAUCAAUAUUAAUACACAAAUACACACAACUAGUGCAGAGAGUCAACUAAACAAUGUUGUACAAGAUCCUCCAUCUAAGGACAUCUCAACAACCUCCACCUGCACACCAACCAUCACAUCUGGAACCGAAUCUUCUCCUUUCUCACAAUUCACCUCUUUCUUCUGGGGCUUUUAUUUCCUUUGUCUUUUUUCCUUUUUUUAUUUCUUUUGGGGGAACAUUACACAGAUAUGUAUACUUCUCUAUUUAUCAGCAUCGUUCCCUUGGCAAAACUGGAAAAGGAGAGCUCGUGGAAAGGAGAUGAGAAACGAGGAAAAAAAGAGGAACAGACGGAAGCAGACUGAAUCAUCUCCUUUUUUACAAUUCAGCUCCUUCUUUUAUGGGUUUUAUUUUCUUUCUCUUUUUUUCUUUUUUUAUUUCUUUUGGGGGAAUCUUUCACGGAUAUUUAUGAUUGGCAUUUUUGUAGCAUCAUGUCGUUGGCAAAAUAGGAAAAAUAAGACAGAGAGAGAGAGAGAGAGAGAGAGAGAGAGAGAGAAUGUAUGCUGUGACCAUUAAUAAUUAAGAAGGAUUAAGAACUGUUAUUAAUUAAGGAUGAGGAUAAUUAACAAAUUAUAUGUGUACAUAGAGAUAGAAGCGUGACCAUGAAUCCUAAAUAAUUUGUUCCUGCAAAACAAGCUAUUUUUUUGAAGCAAAAAAGCUAGUAUUGAGUUUUUUUAUUGCAUUAAUUGACUUUUAACUUCUAAAUAUUAACGACUUUCAGUCGUAGAAAAAAUGUGAGAUUGCGUAUAUGUAUACAAGCAGAUUAAGAAUUGAUUAAGAAUAGUUCUAUAAAAUAGUGUUUUCAGGAGGGGCAUGUGGCAGGUCCAUGUGAAGGGGCAGGUUGUGAAAAGCCACCCCAUCAGAUGCUACAAUUCAUUCACAAAUCUAUAAUUCUAUUCUGCUAAAAUAAUAAUAAUAAUGUAAAUGAGUCACUUGCCUUUCUCUAUGUUGUACAAUCAUGGUUCAGUCUGCUUACUGCCCUCUUUAGGUUCUAUAUAGUUGUUGAUUGCACCUAGUGGUCAAAAAUGGGAAGUGCAGCAAGACGGACUCAAACAUCCUCAAACUCAGCACAGGCGCAGCAUUCAGUGGUUAAUGGCUGGGUUACCAGAUUUAGCUAGCUCAAAAUGUACACUACAAUUGUGUUCUUUAGGAAUUUACUGGAAUUAAAUCUAAUAAAGUGUAGAGAGUGUGUCUAUGAUGUCCAGAAAAAAUUAUAUAGUUAUGUUACAUUGGAAAGUGUGGGAAAUGGUAUCUCAGUGGUUACGGUAUCGGAAGGUUGUGAUUUCAAAUCAGAGAAUCCCCUAGCUGCCACUGCUGGGCUCUUGAGCAAGGCCUCAACUGCUCAGUUAUAGAAAUGAGAUAAAAUUGAAGCCACUCUGGAUUGAAUUGUCUCCUCUUUUGAUAUGUCUAAAUAUAUAUUUUUGUGGUGGACGUCAGGAUGUCAGUUUAGUGAUUAAAGUGUUUGGUUACUGAUCAGAAGGUUAUGUGAUUCCCUUGUACUGUUGGUUUGGUGUUGGAACUUCUUCUAUAUAGACUUCUAAAUAAAUAAGAAACAAAGCAAACUCAUGUGGGGCAGAUGGGUUAAAAUACCGUAGUAGCCGAGCAGAAAAGAGCUUUGCCUGUUGUAUUUAUAUGAAUAUAACAAAUUCUCAGGGAGUGGAACAAAUGCAUGGAUCACACAAUAUCUGAUGACAGACAAAAACAAAUCCACAAUAAUACUAUAAUAAUCCCUCAAAUAAUCCCUACUACUACUAAUAAUAAUACGUGCCUUAUUUCCUUAUUUAUUUUAUAAAGUUUAUCCUUAACAGGAUCUGUAAUCGUCAGUGACUAGAGUCGACAUCUUUUAUACAACGAUUGGCUUCAACGAUCCUUUAAACAUUACAUUCUUUGGGCAUAGCCUUUUACUUUGUGGAUUAUUUAAUUAUUUAUUGUAUUUUAUUUUAUUUUAUUUUAUUUUUUUCACCCUGAAAAAGUGCCCCGGUUCAUUUCUCCUGGUACAUUCAGAAUUCAGCAUAUGUUUAAUAUUUGAAAUGACAUUUUUAAACGUAUUGUGCAAUGAUAGCUUGCAAGUGUGCAUUAGCUUGUAUGAGCUGUUGGGCCUAGAAUCAAGAAAAGAUUAAAAAAUAGCAAAAGAUUUGGUUUCUGAGCAAAACUGAAGGAGAUAAAUGUGAUGAAUUUCCCUCUCAGUGAAGUUCCCAGUGCAGAGAUAGCUGCUUGUACCUGUCCUGUCUCUCUACCUGGUCUGAUACCUGAUUGUAUUCCUACUGUGUUUUUGUUUAUUUGUUUAUUCACAUCCCACUGUUCCCGUUUGUCCCUUUUCAUUAUUCCUUCUUCAGUCAUGUCCACCCAUUUUCAGCUUCUCUGACCGGACAGAAUAAACACCAUACUGAGUGUACACACUUGCACGCUGCCUUCAUGAAUCACACAUUACAAAGACAGACAGAAUCCAUAAUGAGUUUUUUUCUUUCCUCCAUAUUUAUCUCCCUGGUCUGCAGGUCAGACCAAAACCUUCACAGGAACCAAAUACAUCUUUCUCUUCUAAGUGAGAUUCUUUGUCUUGUCACUCUGGAGAAGUGCAUUUGGAAAAAGCUGUAAAUAUAAUUGAGAAUAAAUAGAUUAUUUUGUAUUAAACAUUUGU